GACCAACGCUGUUAUUUCCAGGACUGACGGGAAUCAUUUACUGCAUUACAAGCACCGUCUGACUCAUAACCGUUAGUCCCAUUUUAUAUAUCUGGAGAGCUCUAAUCUAGACUCUACCGCCUUCGUUGAACGUUUCAACGUGCGCUGUUCGAGAAUUUUGCUGGUUCCUCGUAAAAGAUUGACAGUGCACUGUACAUUAUAUCCGAAAAAUGUGGCUGCGCAAAGUCGGACAUCGUCUUGUAAGAUCCCAAGCGGUGCUUGUUUUCGCAGUCAGCAACAUGUUGGUUUCCGGAGUGGCCACUGCCCUUGUCGUCCUGGCAGCUGGGCUUUCCACUGGUUGGUGUUGGUCGUACCCGGAUCUCACAAGUCUGCACUUGAUGAUGCUGGUGCGCUCAUUGCUUUACAGCACCAUAGGUACGGCAGCUUAUUCCGGAGCGUUUUGCAACUACAAAUGUGAGAAGCACUUAACUGCCCAGGAUCGCAAGAAGGCCGGCCGGUAUUUUGCCUUUGUGAUCUUCAUCGAUGCAGUAUUACUCCUCUGCUUCGUGUUUCACCUGUAUGACCUCGUACACUUCCGCCGAUGCGUGAGUGCUCGCUCCUGGUUGCCACUUGAUUUAGCAGGGGUGUGCUGCGCAUCUUCGGAGCCUAAUCUUUACCGAGCAUACGUAAACUUUGGUUGGAUGUACUUUCUGAUUUACGGCAUCUGCUUGGCUAACGCCCUCUUCUCCAUUGUUCUGAGCGUGAUUAUUCGGCAUAAGAUGGGUACAAAGACAAGCACUGUGGUUGGAGCUAAGGAUAAUGAAAAUGGUGGAACAGACAUUACAGAGAAAGAUAUUAGUACUGUAAAGAACCCGGGGAUGGAUGAUCUGGUGGAUAGCAAAGACCCUCGCGGCCGCUUGUUGUGUACUGAAUGUGAAACCGAACGGAAGACCCGGUGCAAGGAGAAUCAAAGUCAGAAUCUCCCGGAAGUCAAAGAACUGCUCGCUAGCGAGCAAGCAGCAGCGGCCGAAGCUUAAUGCAUUCCCUAACGAGUUCGCGGACGAGAUUCUGGACUGACGCAAUAAAUGAAGGCUUGCUGAGGUUUUGUUGAAGUUCAUUGAAAGGUUAAUCCUGGCUUAGAUUGCACGGUUUGUAUGGAUUUCAUACUUCCGGGCGAAAUUAAUUCAUUAAUAUUAGAAUUCAUCAACAUCAUUUAGGCACUUUGCAGUCAAACAAUUUAAUUAUCAAAGACAUUGCUGCUGAUCGAUCACCAGAAAAAUGUAUAAGUCCUUCCGUGUUACUGUAUUUCGCUGCACAGUAUGUACGAGUGUGUUCUGUUUAUU